AUGGCUGGGGAAGUAAUUGUGGAUGCUUUACCAUAUAUUGAUCAAGGCUAUGAUGACCCAGGUGUUAGAGAAGCGGCUUUGGCUAUGGUGGAGGAAGAAUGCCGGCGUUACAGACCUACAAAAAACUAUUUAGAGAAUGCAGGUCCCGAAUUGAGCACAGCAUUUGAAACAGCAGCCCUGCAAAGAGAAAUUGAACGUGUACAACAAAGGCUCCCUAUGGAACCCUUGUCUAUGAAAAGAUAUGAAUUACCACCUCCACCAGCGGGACGUCUUGGUGAACCAACGGCAUGGUCAGAAGCCGUAGAUAACUCACAUGCACAAUUAUCCCAUCAGGCCACCAGAGUACUCAAUUUGGAGCUACAACUGCAUUAUGGAACCGAGGCAUGGAGGUCCUAUCUCAAUGUGCUGCAAGCACUGGUCACACGAUCACAGAAUGUACACACGCAAUUAAGGAAACAAAUAGCGGCGGUGAACUGGGAGCGGAAGCGCUCGCAAACGGCGAGCGGAGCCAGGCUGCGUGCGCUGCGCCGGCGCUGGGCGCAACUUGUCUCCGACAACUAUCGCCUGGAGCGCGCCAUCAUGCAGCUAGAGAUUCAAUUGGAAAAGGCCAAAGGACAGGCGACAACUGACGAAGGUGAAGCCGCUGAUAUGGAGGCUGUCAAAUUACUCCCGGAUAAACUUAAUUCAGAAACCGAGAAGGAAGUACAGAAGAAGAUAGAAGAUAUGUUUGCUGAUUAG